AUGUCUCAAAUCAGUGAGGAAUAUUUAAAUAAAGUACUGAGUAAAGUGGCAUCACUUUGCGGUUUCGAGAAGUGGACUUAUGAGAGAGAAACUUUCGAAAACAUAGCGCAGAACUAUUUUGGAGUUAUUAUACCGUUUGUUUUGAAUGGAGAAAAACAUGGGGCGAAUGAAAGCUUACGAAUCGUGUUUAAAUUGGCUCCCAAUGACGAAAGAUACCGAGACGGUAGACCAAUAUCGGCUUGUAUAAUAGAUUAUCAAACAACAAGAAUAUCCAGUCCAGCAUAUGAUGUUUUAUAUCUAAUAAUAACAAGUACAAGCUCACAGUUAAGGAAACAAUAUUAUCAUCAAUUAUUGGAUAUAUACUUUACAACAUUCAAAAAUAUCCUUUCCGAAGCACAGAUGCCACUAGAAUUGUAUUCAAGGAGCAUGUUUGAUGAAGAUUUGAAAACUGUUGCACCGGCUUGUACUAUUAUCGCUAACACAGCUAUCUGGUUGUCCAGUGGACUACAACAGGAAGGCCAUGUAAGAAGUAAAAUUGUGUUAGAGACCGACAAACAAUGGACUGAGGCUGUUCAAACUUAUAAAAAUAGAAUUAGUUCCAUUGUAGAUGAUCUCACAAGUUAUGGAUAUUUUACUCAUAUGAAGUAA